AUGGCUGAGCGAGUUCCAACACUGCUGCCGGACGCUCGGCUGGCAGCUCGCCAUAUCGCAAUCAAGCAUCAGUUGCUGCGUAGAACGCACUGGGGCUUACUGGAGUCGCGUACUGACGGUGAACCGGAUGUUGUCUUCAACAAAAAGUCGACAACGUUGUUCAUCUGUCGCGACGUGCUCGGACUUGUCCAAGCCAAUAGGCAUGCCCGAGAGCCACUUGAGAAAAUCGCUUCGAUUUCCAUGCACGAGAAACCGGAAGGGAUCACGUUCAGCAUCACACCGAUACAUAAUGACGUGGGCAUCAAGGUCUACGAGAAGUACCUCACGCUUAAAGGGCACGACUUACCUCGUGACGCCACCGUGUACAUCGGCAAGACAGAGUACAUCUUCCGUUGUCUGACGGAUGUCGUGGAAUCGCCUUCUCAUGCCUCCCGCUACAAGAUCGCGUCCGAAAUGGUCAAGGAAGGAGGGCAAGGAGUGGUGCGUUUUGGUGAAACCGUCAACGAUGAGGACGCUUUGGCCGUUGCCAUCAAGCGCACGAAGGUGAAACCCUGGCAGCUGCAGAACAUGGCUUUACAGUUAAGCGUUUGGGAAGCACUGGACCAUCCGGCUGUCCUUCCCUUGCGUGACUAUUGGUUUGAAACCGACGACAAGGCCCCGGAAACUCUCCGAGUUUACAUGGUUUCCGAGCUGGCGCCCUAUGGGACCCUGAAGGAUUACGUCAUGCACGAAGGACCACUCUCGCCGCCCCUUGCUCGCUCGGUGUUGAUCCAGAUCAUCGACGGCCUUCUGAAUAUACUGGUCUUCCGGAAGGACGCAGGCUCUAUUACAGUCAGGAUAUGCGACUUCGGCCUUAUUAGACAAAGGAAGAAGGAUCCCUCUCGGAAUGUCGAGCCCGCAGGCAGCGCUGGCUGGGCACCUCCUGAUAUCGUGAAUCACGUAUACAACGAGAAAAGCGAGUCCUUCGGCGUCGGCGCAAUCAUGUUCUUCUUAGUGCCGCAAAUGGACAAGGUACCUGAGGAAAUGAUGAAAAAGAUCGGUGAUGCAGGCGAACUGUUGAAACGCCUGUUGGAGCCGCAAAACGACCAGCGGAUCAGCCUUGAGGAUGCAUCUGACCACUCGUUCCUGGCUCCAGCUAAACCACUUGAACCGCUCGCUUUCAACAAUCCUCUUGUGCAAAACUUCUUGACGAAGGGCAGCAAGGGAAACUACAGCGCCGCGAGGACCGCCAUCCCCCAGUUUGCCGGCCCCGAUGACCUUGGCCCGCCCGAAAAGACGGAGCCUCCUGAGACGCCCACACUUCAGCACGCUAUACUUGGCAACGGCGAUGGGAGCCCCCGUAAGAGCAACAUUCCAGAGGUCAUCCGCACGACCCAAAUCCAUGGCGAGGUCAAUUUCGACGGCAGCUUGGUGAUUAAUGGCAACGUGGUCGUGACUGGCGGGGUGAUAGUCAACGGGACGGUGGAGGUCCUAGGGGAGGCGCUGAUCCGCGGCCCCUUGACGCUGCGCGGCCAGCUUACGGGCGGCCACCACCUUGACCAUGAUUGCGAAAACUACCGCAGCGAGGCGAUCGUCGUGGACGUAGCCGAUCCGAACGAGCUACCCGGACCUCCACAGGCUCCCAUUCCGGUCCUCCCGACUAGACAGGCUGCAGAACAAGCUCUCCGGGAAGCGGGCUAUCGGUCCGGCCUUUCUCGUAUGGCGUCGGUGUGGCCAGGCGCGGAUGUUCCGGAAGCCGCCUUGAGGUACGCUUGGCGCGUUUUCGACUGUGACCCUCCUGAAGUCGACAAUGGCGCCCGGAGCGACGACACCGUGAUGGCUGGUCCUCCAGGCGAGGCGAGCGCAAACCCCAUCCCCCUCUCGUCCACUGGCCGCUCGGGCCUUGUUGUGAUGGACAGCGUUGCCGAGGUCGAGAUGCAGCUGUUGGCGGCGGUCGAGGAGGAUUCCACUUCACCCGACCUAGCCGGACCUGCUCAAGACACCGUUCGCGAGGAUGAUCCAGCUGUAGACGCGCAUGCCGGGAACGACAUUGCGGAAUCAAGCAACCAUGUUGCCCGGCCUCGCCGAUCUGCACGCAGGACCGCCGGUCGAGGCCGAGGAGAUGAAGCAGGCACCACGACUGCGAGAGUCGACCAAGGAGAACAGCAGGAUUCCGACGACGAGUCGAAUGGGCUCAACAACAAGCGGAGGAAGACGAGGAGCUCCACGAGGAACAAGAAGCUCAAGACGACGAAGAAUUAACGAGCUAACAUCGAUACCAGGCCGAACGGGGCCUGGUCGAAUAUAUCUUCCUCUGUGUCAAACCGCAUACACGAAUGGCCGCAUCGAGGUUGGACAGUCUCUCUUUCCCUCUUUUCUCUUUCCUUUAUCCACGAAGCCGCAAACACGGAAGGCUUUCUCGUGGGCUAUCACUCCCCGUUCCUCAUUUCCACCGUCUUCCGACUUCAGCCGCAUACACGAACGACUGGUUUGAUGACAGUCCCCCUGAUUCUUGACCUUUAUAUUCUACAAAAUCGGAUAUGCCAGUCGCUCCUUAACGAUGCUAUGCUCCCUGCAUGUAUUUUAUGCCUUAUGUUGUAAUGGAACUCGUGUU